CAACAUUUACUUGAGGAGAGAGAGGCCAUGGGUGCAUGGCAUGGAUGUGCGUAUGCACAUUAUACAAGUGUGUGUGUGCAGACAUACAAAUAAGUAUAGAAGACAUACAGAGAUCGACAGACAGACAAGGCAGCAGAGAUGGAUGGACCACAGGCGCAUGUGAAUCUCACCCCACCCACCUCAUGCGGCAACCAUCACACACAACACCACCGAGACGCCACAUGUACCCGCACAGCCUCAGCAAGGAGGACUGGACCGCAUCGCCACACUGUCCAUUCGCAUGGCAAUGAGAGCGGUCAGCAAAACGCCUCGGCGACCGACUGCGAUGCAUGGGGUCACACAAAGACAAUAUGGAGUCAGGACCACACACAGAGAGAGAGGAAGGUAAGCCCACCCACCAGCCACCCACACACAUCAAUCAACCGCCGUACACCCACAAGGAGGCAAAAAUGACCGACUGCAUGGGAACAGCCGGUAAGUCUAUGUCUGUCUGUUGUGAUGUGUGCAUGUGGAUGGGCAACGGGUGUGAAACAUACCGCCGUGUCUGUAUGUGUGGAUGCGUGUGUAGAGCAACGAAUUCGCCACUGUGGACACAGACACAGAGAGAGAGGGAGAGAGACAGGGGAGAGAGGUCAGUGAUCAGCCACAACGUGCAGCAAAGACCAACAGACCACCGACCGCCCAGCCGUUCGGUGCAUUCAGUCGGUCAGUCAGGCAGAUGUCUGCUCCAGCGUGAGUCCGCACCGCACGAUCAAACAGGCAACAUACUUAAUGAGAGAGAGGCCAUGGGUGCAUGGCAUGGAUGUGCGGAUGUACAUUAUACAGGUAUGCACAUGUAUACUUGAUGUAUGUGUAUAAGGGUGUGUACAGAAGACAUACAAAUGUGUACAGACAUACAAAGAGAGAGAGAGGGGGAUGGGGAGCCGACGCGAGGGGAGGAAGCAGACAUGGAUCAAGGGCACAUGCAUCCCACCCACCCCAUACAGCAUCCGCACUGCAUCACAGCAUGAGUAAGAUCUAGAAGGAUUGGAGCACAUCGCUCCAGUACGUACGUAUGCAUUGCAUGCAUAUCACAGCAUACAGCAGAAAGGCGCCUCGUAUGGAGGCCUCCAGGGACCGCACACGACACGAAAUCAGUAAGCACAUGUAGACAGACACACAGAAAGUAAGCCCUCCCGCCCGCCCACCAACCCACCCACGAAGCAGGCAAAAACUGAUCAUGACUGACUGCACAAGGGCAGUCUGUCUGUCUGUCUGUCCGGUGCGAUGAUAUGUGUGUGGGUGGGCAACGAGUGUGAAACGAAGUACACAUUGUACCGCCACAGUGUGUGUGUUUACGUAUGUGUGCAGGCAGCAACAAAUUCGUCACGGAGGGAUGCGUGGAUGGGUGAACACACAUGGUGGGUGAUCGGUUGGUCUGCCUCUCUCUCUGUGCUGAUACAUGUCUGUCCACACCCCCGCUGCCCUCAUCAUCAUCAUCAUCAUCUUCAUCGUUCUCGAAGUCGUCCUCCACAUCGUCCUCCAUAUCAUCGCCAUCGCCAUCGAAAUCUGCAUCACACAUAGGAGGAUAGAGAAGGGCGUCAACCAGCCACCUAGUGCGUGCCUCCCUGCUCGUGUCAGUCGUGUUUGAUGCAGUCAUACCUCAGCUGUCUAUCGGUCGAAGAACAUGGCUGAGAUGACGGUCCCCAGCACCGCCCGCGCCAGCCGAGUGGUCUGCGGGAAGCGGUCCUUGAAGGCGCCACCCACACCACACACAGCCGACUCGCUGCAGAUCCAUGAUGGUGAUCCACGCGACGAAUGAGUGGCUGGUGUCCGUCAGGACGAGACGGCCACAAAAGCCGUCAAAAGUUGAGCGUGAUGCAGUGGUGGUGCAUCCCGCCACUCGUGUGUGGGAGGACUGCGUCAGCAGGUUGAGCAGCCGGUUGUUGGCGACAUGCCUGACACACACAUAUUAUACAGAAAUAACACUCGCGUGACGUGGCAAUGCCCUCUCAAAGUGAUGCCCCGCCUGACCUGUCGAUGAAAGUGUGAGUGGAGUUGAUCUGGUGAGUGCCAAAGAAGUGCCGGAGGACGAUGCUCUUGACACACAAGGACACGGACGAGGAACUCUAAGUUUCCCCAGUCAUCGACCGCCAGCCCAGGAACCGAUCAUAGUCGAUGCUGCUGCGGACGGGCGGGUCAUGCUGCUGUCGGUGCUGCUGGUAGGGGUGGUUGAGAGGGAGGGGCGGGUCGAUAUCGAGCUCGAAGCCGUCCUCGUCCUUGAUGGCCCGCAGUGUGUCGCCGUGUUGGAACAGCUGGAAGGUUACGCCGUUGCCGAAGUCGAUGUGGGGGCCGACCAUCUUAAGCUGAGCCAACACACGGGGAGCGGCCAAAUACGCCUGCACACAUAGCACAUCACACACAGAGAGAGAAGAAUGAACAAGACCCUCUCUCUCCCCUCCCGCCCCUGUGUAUGCGUCUCACCGUUUUGUUGGCGUGUCUGUUGAUGUCGUCAGCAGUCAGCCGCACCGGCAGGGUGCACCGGCCGCACUGCUCCGCCAGCCGCAGUACGUCGGCGACCUCGUCCCACCUCUGCUCCUCCACCAUCCAGAUGGCCGGCAGCACCACACGUGGCUCAGACACCGUCUGGGCGUCGAAGACCAGCACGGUGUCGAGCCGUGACCCGUCGGCGAGCCGUUUGCUGUGCAGCGAGUGGGUGAGUCGUUUGCGGAGUGCAUCGGGAGGGAAGUCGACGAUGCUGUGCUGGCGGGUUGCCACUCUGAGGCUGCCGACGUCUUUGAUCUUGAGCAGCCAAACUCGCGAGUGGCGGAAGAUGCAGGGGACCGCCUCGCCGUUGACGACCGGCGAGUCCGUGUCGCUGCUCCUGCUGCUGAUGGCUGACAUGACACGGAAGCUGC